AUGCCGCUCACAAAGGAUGUCAUCAAGUUCGGCACCUUUGUGGUGACGAACCAGGUCUUCCACGUAACGCGCCUGUCCUUUGCCAUAGUCAACCUCAAGCCCCUUCUGCCUGGUCAUGUCUUGGUGUCGCCACGCCGUAUCGUGCCGCGUUUCAACGAUCUGUCCGCCGCCGAAGUGCAGGACCUAUUUUUGACCGUGCAGCGGGUAUCCCGCAUGGUGGAGCGAGUCUUCAGUGCCUCGUCCCUGAAUAUCGCUAUACAAGACGGCGUAGACGCAGGCCAGAGCGUGCCCCAUGUUCAUGCGCACAUCAUCCCUCGCAAGAGGGACGACUUGGAAGAGAAGGGUGGCACCGAUGCUAUAUACGGCAUGAUGGAGAGCGAAGAUGCGGACCUGAGCAAGCAGCUUGCCGACAAGGAAAAGGCAGCUAAAGCACAUCUCGCGGGAGAAGAAAAGAAGGGGCGCUUCCCUGCUGUGGACAAUGAUAGCCGCAAGCCCCGGACCGACCAAGAGAUGCAGGAAGAAGCCGAAUGGCUGGCAGAGGAGAUGCUAUUUCGGGUGAGCAAGUUCGUUUCCAACGAGGCGCUAUCGGUUUUGUAUGGACUGAAUACCUAUAAUUUCACUGUCCAUGGACAAACCAUGUGGCCAAAGUCACUGCGGAGCCCAUUCGUCUUCGGACCUCUUGGUCAUCCCGAUCGACUCCCAUUGUUACGCAAUCUGCGGCGUAUUCAUAUCGAGGUAGUUCCUGAUAUCAACAGCCACUGGGCCGUCAAGCGUCAGCGGUCACGACUAGAGUACCUUGUCGAAAUCCUAAAAGAGUAUGCAGAUGAUAGCGAUCAGAAAUCUCUAUUGGAAGACCUAAAGGUCGAUUUCCAGCUUACUUCACAAAAGCCAGCUCAAUCUGCUUGCGGGAAGACUGUUCGGGGUAUCAUAAAUUCCUGUGUUCCCAAGGACACAGAGAAGUUCAUGUUCGGUCUCGAAAGCCUUGCAUACCUUCGCGGCAUCAAGGACGUAGAGGUUACUGGGCUACCAGAGUGGUAUACGAAGUGUCUACAGUUAUCAAUCCAAGGUAGAGGCGGAGGCGUCGAGAAGAUAGAUUGGCCGCUUGCGGAAUCCAGGCGCCGCGCGAAGUGGAACAGCACGCAGUGGAAGAAGUAUCUGGUGUCGGCUCGCAAGUGGCAUCAACCUACACUGAACUGGAAGGAGUUUGCCGAGCGCAACGAAAUCACUACUCCAGCUGAUAUGGAGGAUCUCUAUGCAGCUGACGGGUAA